CUCGGCUAAUGCUAACGAACGAAUAUUAUUUUGUGCAUUUCAUUGCGUGAAACUCAAAACCCAGCGUGUUGAUGUGUUCUCCGCUAAGUGAGCGUCAUUUACCAGCCUACUGACGUAUAGAUAGCUUUAAGCGGAGGUCUUUAGCCGAAGCUAGCCGGGCAGCUAAUGCUCUGAGGGGAAAUGUUCAAAACAAAAAUACUCUUCGUUGGUCCAAAUGAGAGUGGGAAAACGGUUCUUGCAAAUUUUCUCUUUGACACGACGGAAAAUGUGGGAGGUGAAUACAGACCUACUCAAGGAGUCAGAAUACUGGAGUUUGAAUCAGCGCCUGAGGGCAGUGGUGACAACAAGACAUGUGAGGUUGAACUGUGGGACUGUUCGGGGGAUUUCAAGUUUGAGUCGUGCUGGCCUGCGCUCAUGAAGGACUCCAGCGGCGUGGUCAUCGUUUUUAAUCCCGACGUUCCGAGUCACCUCAAAGAAAUCGAGACGUGGCAUUCAAUGUUUAUCUCCUCUCAAGGUCUGCAGGAGGCCCAGUGCCUCCUCAUAGCUCACCACAAGCCUGGCAGCGGCGUGGAAGACGGACGGCUGCCUCUAGCGUCACAUUUGAGCAGACUGCCACUUAUUCACUCCAACCUGGAAGAUGAGCCGGAGGACGUGAGGCAGGCUUUCUGCAGAUACUUGGGAAACGUUGUGAACACGAUGUCGGAGAGUCGAGAACGGGAGGAGAUGUCCAUCAUCACAUAGCCAUUACAUAUGCAGCUCAGUGACGAUGUACUUUGUUGUUGUUGUUUUUUUUAAGUGAUUAAUUAAACAUCUUCACUGUCAAUCCUACAAACCCCACUGAGAACUUGAAUAUUUUCCUGCAGUUCGAUAAGCUGUUCCUGUUUAUUUUAGGUUGUGAAUAAAAUAUGAUUCACUCUGGAAAUGAAAACCCAAGAGACACAAAAGCUGCUUAUCUGAUUAUAGACAUUUGUUUUUUUUGCAAAUGUGGUGCAGGUUGUGGAGAAUGAGAUGAGCGCAAAACGAGAAAGAACAGUUCAGCGUUUAUCCGAUGAUGCCUCCUUUGCUGAUGCACGUGGAACCACAUCAGCACCUCAGCGGCCACGAGUCCGUUCCUGAAGGCGUCCUACGAAACACAGACAGAUUUCACUCCACAGAAAGAGACGUGAUAGUUAACGUUUAAACAAAGUCUGACACAGAAGAGGAAUUCAUUCUUUUCAGUUCAAUACAAAUAAAAGUUUCUCUGUGUGUCAUUUGUGUACUUUUGGAAAAUAAACGCAGCCUAACUGGUGAGUAACA